AUGCCCCCCGAGGUUGACACGGCCGGGGAACCCAUCAUAUCCGCGGGGGUGGUGAAAGCGUCAGAACGAUAUCACCUGUUGAUGCAAGGCAACAGGAACUUCACCGCCCUCGGGAGGCGGAGGGGAGACAUAUUCAUGAGGGCACAGGAGCUGCAGCAGGAGAUGUAUGAGCGACUCUUGUCAGAGUUCUCUUCUAAGCCGAAGGCUGCGGCAGGUGCUGGAGACGCGGCUGGCGGGGUGAGGGACCCUUUGAAGGCGAACGCGGCGAGAGCGAAGUCCAUCAAGAGGAAGGUCCGUGGUGGCAAAGCUGCGAGCAGCAGCAAAAAGCGUUCCAAACAGUGA